GCGUUGGGGCUCUUUCCCCACCCACCCACAUCUUGUGAUCCUCAGAAUAAGCUGGAGGCCCCUUCACCCUUCCCCUCUCAGGGCGGUGGUCAUCAGUUUCCUCUGGCCGGUCGCCCAUCCCCAGAUAGCCUUGUUUACGAAGGACUUUGGGAGAGGCCCGUGUACAGAUAAUUUUCUCUCCUCUCCACCUGCGAGGAGGCCUUGUGCCUCCUGGGGUUGUUUACCAGUGCUGUGACUAGGUUCCCAGGAAGAAGCCAUGUCCGUUUGGGGGUUUGUUUCCCCGACGCCUGACCGCUUUGCGGUGUCUGCGAAGGCAGAGGACAAGGUUCGGGAGCAGCAGGCCCGCUUGGAGCGUAUCUUCAGCGUGGGAAUGAGCAUCCUCCCCAAAGACUGCCCAGAGAACCCUCACAUCUGGCUGCAGCUGGAGGGCCCCAAGGAGAACGUCAGCAGAGCCAAGGAAUACCUGAAGGGGCUCUGCAGCCCAGAACUGCAGAGUGAAAUCCACUACCCACCCAGACUGCACUGCGUCUUUCUGGGAGCCCAAGGCUUCUUCCUUGACUGCCUGGCUUGGAGCACGUCUGCCCACCUGGUGCCCCUGGUUCCCGGCUCCCUGACGAUCAGUGGCCUAACUGAGGCGUUUGUGAUGGCUCAGAGCCGGGUGGAGGAGUUGGUGCAGCGGCUGAGCUGGGAACUUCAGCUGCAGUCUUGUCUGGGUGCCACCGACAGCGCUGGGGUGCUGAGAGGCUUCUCUGCCCUGCUGCAGACUAGGAAGGAUGCCUACACAGAGGCCCUGCUGCAGCUGCCCCUGGCCGUCCAGGAGGAGCUCCUGAGUCUGGCACAGGAGGCCUCCAGAGGGCAGGGUCCACAGGCCUUGCCCUCUCUCGAGGCGGGGGGUCCAGGCCUGUCCAGUGCUCAGUUCCAGGGAGUCAGGGCUACCUUGAAUGAAGGUGGGGGACCCCUGGGCACUGGAGUGGUGGGGUGGGGAGAGCCAGGGGCAGCAAAAGGAGAAAGUCACACCGUGGAGAAGGAGGGAAGGAAGCAGGAUGGUAUCAGGGACAUGGAUUCUGGGUGGAGGGCGCUGUCUGGGGAAGAGGUCUGGGAGAGGGGAGUGGCUUUUAGGCCCCAGCCAGCAGGUGGAGGAGCAGGGGAGGUGGCACCCCUGAAAGGAAAGGCCUUGGGGAAACAGGAGGUUCCUCAACAGAGAGAGGGGCUCAGUGGGCAGGGUGAGUCCGGUGCCUAUGUGCCAUGCCAGAGGGCAGCGCCAACCCGGGGAGCCUCUCUCCUCCAGCGGCUCCAUAAUGGGAACGCCUCACCUCCGAGAGUGCCUAGCCCUCCGCCUGCACCGGAACCCCCGUGGCCCUGUGGAGAUCGGGGAGACAGGGGAGACAAGCAGCAGGCUGGGGCUCGAGGUCGAGGGUCUCCAUGGAAACGAGGCACUCGUGGGGGCAACUUGGUGACUGGCACACAGCGGUUCCAGGAAGCCCUGCAGGACCCUUUCACCCUGUGUCUUGCCAAUGUGCCUGGCCAGCCAGAUCUCCGUCAUAUUGUCAUUGAUGGCAGCAACGUGGCCAUGGUGCAUGGCCUCCAGCACUACUUUUCCAGCCGUGGCAUCGCUCUUGCUGUGCAAUACUUCUGGGACCGUGGGCACCGUGACAUAACCGUCUUUGUGCCUCAGUGGCGCUACAGUAAGGAUUCCAAGGUCAGAGAGAGUCACUUCCUGCAGAAGCUGUACUCCCUGAGUCUGCUUUCCCUGACACCCUCGCGAGUCAUGGAUGGCAAGAGGAUUUCUUCUUACGAUGAUAGGUUCAUGGUGAAGCUGGCUGAAGAGACUGAUGGGAUCAUUGUCUCCAAUGACCAGUUCCGGGAUCUGGCAGAGGAGUCUGACAAGUGGAUGGCGAUCAUCAGAGAGCGCCUGCUGCCCUUCACCUUUGUGGGGAACCUCUUCAUGGUCCCAGAUGACCCACUGGGGCGAAAUGGUCCCACCCUGGAUGAGUUCCUGAAGAAGCCGGUCAGGAAACAGGGCUCUUCUAAAGCUCACCAGCCCUCCAAAGGUCCCAAAGAACAUGCUAAUCAGCAGCAGGGGAAGGAAGAGGAGAGGGGCAGUGGUGGCAUUCGGAAGACUCGGGAGACAGAGCGCUUGCGGCGCCAGCUGCUGGAGGUGUUUUUGGGUCAGGACCACAAGGUGGACUUCAUCCUGCAGCGGGAGCCAUAUUGCCGGGAUAUCAAUCAACUUUCUGAGGCCCUGUUGAGUCUCAACUUUUGAGCCUUUCUUGUGUGCAUAGCUGCUGCCCUGUAGAGUCAGCCUCCCAGCCCAGCCCCUUCUGUUACAGUCCCUCUGCUGCUCAGACUGUGACUCAGACUCACCGUAAGAUGGUGCUUUGGCCAGAGGAAGCACCAGAGAAGAGGAGCUGAGUGUGGAAAUACUCUUGCCUGGGGUACUUUGAGGACAGGGCCAUAAAGUGGACUCAACCUGAGGGAGGACUGCAGCCAGCUCUUAGGAGGCUUUGAUCAGACAUAACUCAACGUUGCCUUUAUGAAGGGUUUCUGUAGGGUGUAGAGGCUGUUCUGGAAGACUGAGGCUUCCAGGUUAAAUGGGUUGGAGGCUAGGGUAGGCUGGAGGUGGUGAAAGGCUAAGCUGAGAAAACAGGCAUCCUCAGGCUGCUCCUCUGAAUGGCUAGGAUAGGCUGAGCUGUCCCCUGGCAGGGUCUGGAGGACCCAGUGCUGUGUGGGCUGUUGCAGUAGGACAGCAGAGAACUGGAAUGCAGAGGGGGUAGGCUUCCAGGCUCAGGUGUGCCUUGCCUGUGACCUUGACAGAGUUGCUUGGCCUCUACUUAUGUCUAUACGUCAGGCAUAAAAUAACCUUUGAGAAAGGAGAACACAGAGGAAGGCUCCUGUGAGGAAGUGCACUUGGAUCGUGGCUCAGGUAUGUCUGCCUGUGGCUGCAUAGGCUCGCUAACCAAAACUUGACUCUCAGAGAUGUCCACUGUCCACACGCUUGGUUUUGACACUGGGUUUUUAUAGAACAUGCCCUGUAAUGGCUGCAUCCCUUCCCAGCAACCUUCAAAACACCCAUUAACAGAUAAGUUAGGGCUGAUUGUUACAUUACCUAGAUAUUCUCAGGGUUCCUAUAAGUGGCAGCUGGUCGGUUGCAUUUUAAGUGUUUACAAAUCAUCAAAUGUGUCAGGCCCUGGUCAAAUCCUCUUUCUGGUGUCGAGUGUACUUACCAAAUCCAUGAAGUCAUGAUUUACAGUGACGAUGUAGUGGGAUCUGAUACCUUCUUUAUGGAAGACAGGUUUCAGUCAGCAGUACACACUAUGUCUUGUGUGUAUGGUGAAGAAACUUACUUUCUGGGAAGGAAGCCGAAGCAUCAGAGUUGAAAGAUACCUGAUAGCUCACAGACCAAACUGUUUACAUCCUCAUGUCCACACGUCAUUGUUCUGUACCUGCUUGAAUUCUUCCUGUGCUGGGGAAUUUUACUACCCACAAGGUGGCACGUUCCCUACCUAGAUGCGUUAAUUAUAGUUUCUCCUCUAGUGUAGUCUAACGUGCUUUCCUGUUAUUUCUACCUUCGCCAGGAAUAAUUCAGAGCUAGUCAACUUCUUACAGACCAGUCAGAUUAAGAGGUAUAAAGAGGUAGGUGCCCCUGGUUUCAGUUCUUUUUGGGGACCUGUAGCAAGUCCCUGAAUUAAAUCCUUUUCUGGCUCUACCUUAUUCCAAACAACACAGAGUUGACUGUGUGGUAUUCCCCAGGCCCUAGCAUCUUUGCUUGUUUCACUGGGCAACCUUCAUCUCUACACCAGAUUGAUUUAGGCUUGGUAUUGGAGACAAGUUGAUCAGGGAAACUCCUCUAGGUGCCAGGGGUGGGGGGGAAGAGAGAGAGAGAGAAUGGUCUGAACUGGACGCUGGUAGAACUGCUUUUUAAGUUUGUGGUUGGUUUCUUGCUCUUUUUACUUGCCAUGGUGGCGAGUAUAGAGAAGGCCAGAAUUAUCUCCCCUUUUAUGCUGAGGGCCUUGGAAGACUGAUGAGACGAGUCCUAGGCCUACAGAGGGACACUGACUUUGUCGUACUGUGGUCUGAUGAGCCAGAACCUGUAUGUACUUGCUGGAUUAAUUCACUGCUGCUUGGUAAAAUACUGAAGGCUAAUCUCCAGGCCUUUUCUCCACGUUUGCUGGUAUCCUCUGACAGGUGGUCAGGGGGACAACAGAACUCACUGGAAAUAGAGCUUUAGUAUCUUUAAUCUCUGUCAUAACCUCUUGACUCACCAGCACAUUUGGGAAGAGGCCAAAAAAGGGAAGGAUGAGGGGAGAGGAUGCGUAUUACAAUGUUCAGAAACUGCUUAGGAAGAAGAGGCGUCUAGGACAAUAGUUCUUAAGAUAAUUCUAGGAGAAUCUAAGCCAAAGAGACAGCUGGAGCUAGUGGUAUGAUUUAUCUUUAUUGCCGUAACUAUAGAAGUUUCUCUACACAGCCUCUGGGAGGACGGUGGCAACAGUGUGACACACGGAAGCCACAGGAAGUUGAGGAGGUUAAGGUUAGAAUGAGAGUACAUCCUUGAGACCGGGGUUUCUCAGACAGGCUUAGAGCAACAGAACAGGGGAAGAUUCUAAGACCCAGAAGGCUUCUGAUCAUAAAAUAUAGGGAUCCCCGACUCAGUUCUCAGUAUGCAGGAACAGGCCCAGCCCCUGCUUUGGGGAUCCUUCUCCACUUAGGCUACGACAUCCUUCAAGGCAGCUUGCAGCUCUGGGAAGGAAUACUGGUAGCCAGUGGCCAGUGUCCGCCGCGGGACCACUUUCUGGCCUUCCAACAGCAUGAUGGCACGUUCUCGUCCAAAGACUGCUUGUACCACAGUGCUGGGGACAGGUAUGAAGGCUGGGCGGCCCAGGGCAGCACCCAAGGCUUUGGCAAAAUCAGCAUUGGUAGUGGUAGAUGCUGGAGCUACUCCAUUCAGGACUCCUUGGACGUGGUUUGCUUCAAGGGCAUGAUUCAAAAUUCCCACCAGGUCACGGAUGUGUAUCCAGGGGAAGAACUGGUGACCUGAACCAAUGGGGCCUCCUAGGCCCAGGCGGAAGGGCAGGAGCAUGUGCCCAACGGCACCACCCCCACGGCCCAGCACAACCCCUGAAGCAGACAAGAGGGAUGGUAUAGGAGGGUUGCUUAGCCUUGGGAACCUGUACUACGGUCAUUUCUCUUUUCCCCUCCUCACUUUCUUCCCGUGUGAACUUGGAGUGGGCAGGGUGGGCUGUGGAUCUUCUUGGGACUUUCCCUCUGUGGGUUAGCCAGAGUGACAGUCAACUCUCACUGUAAGCGCAGCCCUCCUGGGCCUGGAAAUCUUCCACCUCACCUGGUUCCCAGGCCCUUGGUCCUCACCUGAGCGCACCACGACCUGGCGCGUAGACUUUCCUGGGAGCCUGGCUGCUUCUUCCCAUUUGGUUACCAGGUUGGAGAAAAAGUCAAAAUCCCCUCCUGGGCUGUCCUCAUCGUACUCCUUGGUCAGGCUUGGCUGGUAGUAACCUGUCACGGAAGAGCACGCAUUUUCUCUGGCAGUCUCUGUCCUGCUCCUCAGCCCCAGUCUCCUCCACCCUCUGAGAGAAUCUCGAUUCUUUCCCCUGAGCUCCCCCACACGUCCCAGCCUGGAAGUCUAGCCUCUGGCUGCCGGGCUGAGUGCAGAGGCUGCUGGCUUGCAGUAGUUAGCAGGGACAGAAACCUGGCUGCCAGGCUGCUUGAGCUCCACCAUUCCUGACAUCUGUGACUUUUUGGCAAGUUACUUCUCUGUAUGAAAAAAAAAUCUGCAUCUUCAUUAAGGGAGUAACUGUACCUACCUCGUAAGGUUGUUGCAAAAAUUAAAUAAUAUAACGUAUAAAAUA